AUGGACAGCGGGAACACCCAGAUGUACGUGGAGGAUAGGAUCGAGGCGCCAGGGGCCCGGCCAAGCCCUGGCCUGAGGACUGCCAGCGACAGGGCUGGCCAUGAGCCCACCACAUCAGAAGUCUGCCAGGCUGUGUUUCCAGAUGCUGAAGCGAUGGACAGUGGCCCGCAGCCCUCACCAGCCCUGGGAGCCCCGGAGACCGGGCCCGGACACAGAGACGCGUCCGAGCAGGGCUUUCCGCAACUCAGUCCCCAGGAGCAGAAGCCUCCGGCAGGACCAGGGACAAAGCUGUCAUCUUGGGUCCCCCAGGAAGGGCCCAGGGAGCUGCAAGCAGACCGGGAUCCGGCCACGCCAGGAAGUGAGCUGGGGGUGUCCCCCAGCGGGGUCCCUGUGACGCAGGAAGGGCUGCAGCAGCAGGGCUCAGGGAAGGAGACUGAGGACCAACAGGGGAGCCAGAGGAGCCCAGAGCCAGUGGAGGGCCAGGGCCCUGAGAGCCGCCAGAUAGUGUCCACAGACUCCCAGGCAAGAGGGGAUGGGAUGGCCGGCUCGCAGGGGAGGUGA